AUGACUCUUCUUACCUCAAUAUUACAGCGUCAGCUUGUUCCUAGUCCUGUGCGUAGAGGUGAGUGCUGAAAUGUAGAGUAAACAAACACAUUUGAAUCUUAUGUGUGGCUUUAUACACAAGCUUUGCUCGUCUGCAACUUGGCCAAUUUGUAAACUUUUGUAUUUCUUUCACGACUUCUUUCAGCUUUGCCCGUCGAUUUUGCAUUGGAGGCUUUCGCUUGUAUUAAAGAUGAUGAACAUCUCGUCGAAAGAAGAGAGGUAAGCUCAUACAAAUCUACGUGGCGUUCGAGAAAUCCCUCAAAAUAUAGCAAUAAUAUAGCUCAUUGCUGGCAUGUGAUCGAGCUACAAAUGUAAGCUUAUGAGCUUACACUUGUACUUAGAGAACUACCAUCUCUCUUUCAGAUCGAUGUUCCACCGUUUGCUUGUCGCUUCAACAAGAGUAAGGCACCAUUAUUUUCCAAGAACUUGCCCUUGCUUUGCUUUAUUUCUGUAGACUAUAAAAAUGCUUAGUUCAUUUGUUUAAUUCAUUCAAGCCGCUCUAGGUGGUCAUAUGUUAGCCAUAGCAGACGAAGACGGCUGGGUUCAAAUUCUGGAUUCCCGGAAAACAGGAAAAAGAUCGAUUAUUAAGGGUAAGAGACGCUAAAAUACAGGUUUUGUUACUUAUGUGCUUUGUUAAAUUCCAAACAGACUUUUUCUAAACUUUUUGAAUUUAUCUUCUCCCACCCUGGGUUCAUGUAGAUUUCUGUAACUUAUUACUACUAUCCGCCUUGAGAUUUCAUCAAACAUACGCUAUAAUACUUCCUGCGAUGAAAGCUCCUUUGGGUUUAUUAAACAAUCUCCUUUCAGACGUAUGAACAGGUCCACAAAUAUAGGUGUAUAGUUUAGAAAUUACAAUCUUUUUUUUUUUUUUUGAAGUCAUGGGCCAGGAAAUCGACCAGUUUAAAGAAAGGAAUUGACCAUUNUGUUUUUUUUGAAGUCAUGGGCCAGGAAAUCGACCAGUCUAAAGAAAGGAAUUGACCAUUGCUAGAAUAGGACUGAUGAAACUAUCUAGACUAUCUAGAUAGUUUUUGACCAAUAGAGAGGGUAUGGCUGCACAAGUGGGUUGCUUUUGUUCCAAUAUUUUUUUGGCAGGGCGGGCCAUACCAUGUUUCUUAUAAAAACUAUUAGCCCGCGUUUCCUCUUGUGUACAUGUACAGUGUUGACAGUUUGAGCCACAUACUCAAAUCCUGGUACACAUGUGUGGGCCCAGAACAAGGAUUUUGGUACUAUUUUGCCGAUGGACUUAACGAGAGGUUUAGUUCCCUCUGUGGCACAGGCUAUUUAACGAUUAUUCCUCAAGCCGGAAUGGGCUCUGAGUCAAUAGCCCAUAAGGCUGUAGGCUGAAUGGGCUAUUGACUCAGAGGCCAUGAUGGUGAGAGGAAUAAUUGUUUAGUAAAAUCCAACUAGUUGGUCAAAAAUAUCAAGACAAAACAACUGAAAGCAAGACUUUAAUCCUUUUUUUGCCGCCAAAAAUCCUGUGCUUUUCGCUACUAGUGGGCUAUAACAUAUAGCCUAGUAGUAGCUCAACCAAUCAGAAUGCAGCAUUGAUAAUAGACCACUAGUUGGAUUUUACUAAAGAUACGUGUCAGUCGUGUAUCUGCCAUUUCAACUAAUUGUGGGCCACUGCCAUAAAAUAAUCAGACACGAUCCAAUCAAUCCCUUUAAUCCUAUGCCAAACCUUUUGUUAUUCAGUAAGUUAAGGGGUUGAUCUGAUCCCAUCUUAUCCAGGAUUUGUUCAUGCCUUAACUUGUAAUUUCAGUUGCAAACAUGGUAGUAAUGGAUGUUUUAUUUAUUUGUUUAUUUUUUCAUGUUUCUGCAUAGAGUGGAAUGCCCAUGAGAAUGCAGUGUUUGAUAUUGCAUGGAUGGAGGGAGAACAAAUGUUGGUAAGAUAUAUAAAAACAGACUAUCACCAAAAUAGUGUGGCCCUUUUAAUGGGACAUUUCUACAUCCAAGUCCUUAACUCCAAUGUGUUUACAUACCAGUCAUUGAUUUUAGUAUUUUAAUUUUUAUUGGUUAUCUGUAUGUAGUGAGCUUGCUAGCCAUUGAUGCAAAUGUUCUGAGAGGUAAAUUUGCUUCAACCAACCAGAAGCACUACCCAGAUGUGGGUAGUGACAUGUCAUCAGUAAGGAAUUUCUGCACUUGUUCCUCAGACAUCAUUUUAUGGGGAGCCAGUGGUAACAUUGCCAAAUUUUGGCUGUUUUCCGAGGCUACUAGAGCUGCAGUGUUCCUGACAUCCCAGCAGGAUGUGAUAUCCCACCAGCAAAUGUGCCUGGGUUGCAGCCGCUGCGAUAACAGUUAAGGGUGAUUCCUUAAAAUUACACUAAUGUAUUAUCUGUUCUUUAGGUGACAGCAUCUGGGGACCAGACUAUUAGAAUGUGGGAUGUUAAUCGUGAUCAAUGCUUGGCUGUGUUCAAAGGCCAUAGCUGCAGUGUGAAAUCUGUGGACUUCAGAGAAGAUGAAAUAUGUGAGUACCAUGGAUUGAUGUCAGUGUUUUUUUAUGUUGGUGGUUAACAAAUUCAUUAUUCAAAAAGAUUUUUAUUCAGGAGCUUUUUCAAGAGAUUUUUAAUUAAUAAUAAUUAUUAUUUCUUUAUUUACUCUCAGCAGUAUUUAUAGCACUUAUGCUAGUGGGGCAGAGCAACAGCCACGCUGCCUUCUAGUUAAUUGCCAUUGCACUGAUUACUUAGCUGGGAAAAUUUGCUCAAAGCUAUUUCUCUCCACCCUGGGUAAUGGUGCUAGUGACAUACUGCUGGUUGUACAAAAGGGCAAUUUUCACACUAUUGGAUAACUGGAAAAAGUUGGAUAAUUAUUAAAAUCAUAGCAUUAAUAUUUUUAAGAACUUUGAAUAUACAUGUGCUUUUGUUAUUAGCACAACUACACAGCCAUGAUAUGCGGCACUAUGUGAAUCUUCAGAUUGUUUUGAAUACCUCAAAAUUCCUACUUAAAUCAAGCCACACACACAUGCACACAAAGGUACUAGCCAAAUUUUCCUACCUAUAAAACUCCUAGAAUGGAAAAUUUCAAACCCCCCAAAUCCUUCUUAUUUAUUCUGGUCACUAAAAAUCCAGAGUACCCCCCAGCCUGGGAUUUGGAAAUCUUGUUCUUAUUCUCCACGGAAAUACCUGCAUGUUCAUCGGACAGCUGGACAUCAAUAACCUUAUUAAUCUUCUUACUUGCUUUUGCUUUUCUUGUCAGUUGUCUUUGCUACUGGUGCAAGAGAUGGGAAUGUAAUGGUCUGGGACAUGAGAUGUAAUCGUCGCUCUGGUCAUUUUUACCAACCCAUCAAUGUUAUAUCUAAUGCACAUUUAGAAAGACUACCUGGUACCCGUCAGAUGUCAAAAAAGAAACCUAGGAGAUCUACUUCAAGACCUGUUAUGGUUUGUAAAUAAGUGAUUUUAUAGAUUUAUCCUUACUAAUUUUAGUCAUGCCUCAUGAUCCAAGUCUUGUCUUAAGUUGAGCCACACUACUCGUUAGAGAUGUUCUCAAAGGGUGCUUGCACAAGAAAUAUGGCAAUUUCUGCAUGAUUUUGGUUAUGUUGACUUUGCUAACCUAUGUGAAAGACUAUCCAAAUGAGUAGAAUAAGGUCAUGUAAUAUGCAAUAAAACGAGGGGGUAGGGGUUGGGUGACAAGAUAAAGACACACUUGGAGUUUUCUAAUUUCUAAAAAGUAAUAGCCUCCUAAAGGCAGUAGAAUAACUAAUCAAUAAGACAAAAAUAACAGUUGCAUGGAAAACUGCAUAAUUCUUGGUAAGGUACCAUACUUAAAUUGCUGUGUCAACUUGCACAUUCAUUGCUUGCAGAACUCCAGCCAACAAAGUGUCACAGCAGUGUUAUUUCAAGGAGGCGAGAAGCUGAUAUCAGCUGGAGCAGUGGAUGGUAAAAUUAAAAUCUGGGACUUGCGCAAAACCUAUACAAACCUUAAAAAUGACCCCGUGCCUUUCCACAUCUUUCCAUACCCAGGGCAAGGAGUAAGAAAACAUGGUAGGUAAUAAUAUUUUGACUACAAUGAUAGUUAAAGUUUUUAAACUUUGGCUCAAAUAGUCAAGCCUUUUUGGGGGGAUCUUGCGGCUAUUGGAAGACCUCACAAGAUUGGUUUGCAACCGGUUGCAAAAACAGUAAACAAACAAAGGUAACAAUGGAACCUAGCUUGAAAACAAAAAAGCUGCAACCCAUAGAUGUCCAACAAUUAAGUUAGAGGUUCUGAAGAGCUGCAAGGCUACUGCUUUUUUUCACAACUGAUAUUCAGUUGCAUAGUCAAUUGCAUAGAUUAGUUUAGUGUAGUACUGUAAAGAAUGCAACUAAACAACAGGCACACCGAGGUGCCGUUUUGUAGAGGUUUUGUAAAGAGGACAUGACAUGUCUGUUUUCCAACUUUUUAUCCGACUUUCACUUUCAAAUCAUUGCAGAAUGGAACAGGUGAAAAUAAUGUCCUUAGGUUUCUGGCCAGAAUUGUAGCUGAUCAUCUCUCUCUUCUUGAAGAAAUUCAUCAGGCUAGUGAAGAUAAACAGUCGAUUUAAAUAUUCUUAAAACAUAGCCAGUCUUAACGUCUUAUUGAUGCUGACAGUUUCGAUGACUGUCAGCCAUCUUUAUCAAAACUUGAAAAAGAUGAAAAGUGUCAGAAGCCUUAAAUAGGCUUCUGAAGGUGUUACUUAUUGCGAUAAAGUCACUCUGUAGAUGCCCCCUCCCCCCCUGGUUUGGGGGUGGAGAUCACUUGUCUAAUUAACACCUUCAGCCUAUUAAAGGCUUCUGACACUUUUCAUGUUUUUCAAGUUUUGAUAAAGAUGGCUAACAGUCAUCGAAACUGUCAGCAUCAAUAAGACGUUAAGACUGGCUAUGUUUUAAGAAAAUUUAAAUCGACUGAUCAUCACUCUCCAUUGCAGGUUUUUCAUCACUUGUUCUGGACUCCACCCACUCACGUUUGUUUGCUGGAUGCACUAAUGAUCAAAUCUACAUGUACAGUUGUACUUCACUGGGACAGGAACCACUUGGCACCUUCUCUGGUCACCUGAACUCCACGUUCUAUGUAAAAUCAGCUCUUAGCCCCAAUGACAUGUACCUUCUUGGUGGAUCCAGUGAUAAUAAUGCUUAUAUCUGGAAGGUGUCCGACCCUACAGCCCCACCCAUUGUUCUCAAGGGACACCUUGGUGAAGUCACAAGUGUUGCCUGGUGUCCCUCUGAUCAGGGAAAGGUAUGUCUGAUUCCCACAAGCAGAGCUGUCUGCCCUGUGGCCCCUGGUCAGGGCUGUCACUAAGAUUUCAAGUUGCCAGGUAAAUGCAACAAGUAGCUGGGGAAUCAAACAGCCAGGGAUUUCUUUUAGUUCUAUUUUUCUUCUACUUUGCUAUGAAAGUAGCCGGGGGCCACAUUCUUAGUAGCCAGGGUAAAUCCCCAGCCCAUGCCUCUUAAUGACAGCCCUGCCCUGGUGCCUUAAUUUUGCUCUUGAGUGACUAGGAAAUCUUAGCUUUUUCAUAGAAAUACCAUACUGGGAACCCUGGAUUACACAUGUUGACAGCACCUGGCUCCCGUCAGUAUUUCUUGGAGCACAGCCUUGCACAAGGGUCACAAUUUAAGGACUUGCAAGAAGUGGAGGGAGAUAAAACUAAAUUUGCUACUUGCCAGUUAAUCAGUGGAAAAAGGGAGGCUUUAAGGGGCAACACUAAAAUAGUGGACACAAGGUUCAAGUUUACAUACAUAAAAACCGUUACAUUUUUACACUUCUCUAUCUGUUGUUUUAGGUGGUGACUUGUUCUGAUGAUAACAGUUUCCGCAUAUGGUAAGCAGUUAAAAAAAAUCAUCCCAUCAUGCUUGAUCCAUUAACCCCUGAUGGCCUGAUUCAUAAUUAUUCUCAGGCAGUCCCGCUCUUCUCUGGCCAUCAUUCAAAAUAUAAGUAAGCAAAUUAACUUUCCUUGCUGGUACACCUUUUUGGUUUCAUUAAUGCAUGCAAAGCCACUUUUAAGCAAUCUCUUUUCUACUUUUUUUUUUUAACUCUCAUUCUUAGCUACUUUCUUUCGCUGGGUCUUGUCAUACAAAGUAUCAAUGCAACAUUUAAUUUGGCCUUUCAGUGGGUGUUUUUACUACUCUAGCAGCAUUUUAGCCCAAUGCAAAGUUCCAGCCAUGCUGUGCCUUGAGCUCAGUGACUAGUUCAGGGGCAAUUUACAGAGUGAAACAUUUUGACUUUGUACUAUUGUACCUUUAUUUUUCAAAGGAGAAUUAACCACCAAGCACGCAAGAACGACAGACUAAACCUGAUUGGUGAAAGCUGCAAAUUAGCAUUGCAAACAUCUGUCUCCCCUGUAAAUGGUGAGUUGAAAUAAUUUCAACUUAAAAGCUGAAUUAUUCAGCUUUUAAGUUUUAAAUAAACUAGAGGUAUAUUUGUGGAGAUAGAUGCUGCUGGCUUUGGAUGCAAUUUUCACACACAUGAAACAAAAAAAUCAAGAUUUUGUUAGAUAAGAAAAUUUAAGGCCAAAUCCCAUGCUUAAUAAAAGUACACUAUUUCCACUUUAAAUAUAGGCAAAACAAAACUUUCCAACUAACUAUUCUCCCAUUCUACAGUAUUUUCAUGUCCCUAAACUAAUAUCUAUAUUUUUGUGUAGAUAAAAUAAGUGCAUCAAGAUUUCAAGACAGAACCCCAAGUUCUUCCCCCUCAACAAGCCCUGAUGCAAAACGUCUUUUGUGGACUCCACCAUCUAAACUUAUCACCAACCCACGAUUAAACCAGAUUUCCAGUCCUGUUGGCAUGGCAACCAGACUCAACAGCCCCACUAACAAAACACCACCUCAAAAACAAAACCUUCUCACCCAGUCUCCAAAGGCCACCAUGAGUCCACCAAACUUGAAAACAGGUACCAAUAUUUAAAUAAUAAUUACUUAAAUUAAUAUCACAAACAUGUAGAUCUAAGUCUGGCUGACAAGGAUGAGAUGAAAAUAACAAAAUCAUCUCACUUAACAGGAGAGCUAUUAUUUCACUUUUCUAGCUUGAAGUUCUAUACCCUGUAAACCAGAGGUGGGAUUCAUCACUGUCAGCCACAGGCUGAUACAUUUUCAGCUGGAGACCAAAGCCGUGAUUAUACAGAUUUGACUACAACAGAAAAGGAGGAAGUUCUAAGGGUUGUGCCCAAAUUUUGUUGUUUAAACAUUUCUCUCUAAAGUAAAAAGGAUAGCAAACGAAAAAAUAGAUAAUCCUGAUAAGUUGUUUCAACAGGAUUGAUGGUAAAGAUGUUGUUUUUCAUCUGCAGAAUCCCAAUUGUUUAAUAAUAAAAUUAUUAUUUUUCCACAGGUUUAACAGCUCAUGCAAUGCAUGACGCCAAAAUAACCACAAGCACCUCAUUUGUUAGUUCAUCACUGUCCCAACCCUCCUCCCCUGAGUGUAUUUCAAGUCAAGUAUCUUCACCAAAGCCACCAGCUGUAAUAAAGUAUCAAAGUCCCAAACAGUUGCUGGCAUCCUGGUUAAGAACAAAUUCCCGGAAGAGGAGAUAUAGUGACAGUGUCAGUACAACUGAUGACACAAAUAACAGUGUUAAGUCUGAAUUAACUUUGUCUGACAAGAUAAAAGAAAAUUUGGGAGACAAGGAAAAAAUAUUUGUUUCUCAUAAUCUAGUGCAAGAACAUGGAUACAAAGAAAAUAACAUCAGUGGACAAAAAUGCCCGGCAACAUCUCCUUUGAGGAAAAGACGAUGCUCUAGUGAUCCUUUAAAUUCUACAACACACAACAGUCAAGAAAUUAAUGUCAAACCAAAUUCAAGUCCAGGAAAAGAGAACCAUGUUGUUGAUCAAGGCUCCAUGGCGAGUUCAAAACAAGAGGAAAGUAGUGUUCCUUUAGGGAAAAAUUGUAACAAACCCGUUACUGUGAAAGUUAAAAAUCAGGUUUCUGUAGGUGAGAGACAGAAAAACUGGCUCACAGAGUGGAGUGACCACUGCAGAGCAAAGAAUAGAGGCAAAGCCAUUGAGCUUUCUGUCCAGGGAGGUGAGAGUAAAGACAGCAGUGAGACUAUGAAUUUAGCAAAUGAAGAAAAUAGAGACAAUUUACAGGCUACAACUGCACAG